GUGUUGUACGCAUAGUCGCGAGUGUUGUUGUAUUCAAUUGUAUUAUAUUCAGUAUUACAAGUCAUGGUAUAUAUGGUGUAUGAAUUUAGCAGAGUAUUCGGUUAGACAGAUAAACUAAUGCAUACACAAUAUAUACCAGUACUUGCAAUACUGUUUUGUAUAUGUAUUGUAUUGUAUUGUAUUUGAACAGUCAGUUUGUAUUAGUACUGUAAUGCCUGACUCAUAGACAGCACAGCAAUAGGCAGUCAGUGUUAGACAUCAACACAAUAACAACAACACAAAUGUCGGGCUCAGCGGUAAUAAGUGCUGUGAGUCCGAGUGAAAUACCGCGCGACGACAUUCCCGGCCGAUUCAGGACAUUGGGUUCACCUAAAGCCGACCGAAAAGCUGGCGGACGACGACUGAGCGAUGAUCUGACCGAUCAUUUUGAUGGCAUCAAUACCGAUGUCCAGCCAUUUGAUAACGGGAUGCUAUGCAUUAAAGAAGAGUUAACACAAAUCAAUUUAACACUUCCGCGAGUGACGACCAAUCAAAGUGGUGGCAAAUGUGUGGCACUGACACUGCAGACGAGGAAUGAGCCCAACAAUAAUAACUAUAAAAAUAAAACGACGACAACAGCCAUCGGACACAGUAUAAGUAAUCACAGUUUGAGUACAUCACUGCCCGAUCUGUUAAAUGAAAGCAAUCGUAAGGAUGUUCCCAAUCGAUUAGACAUAGCGUUCAAUCCGUACAAUGCCAUUACUCCGGCCACACCGUUUGCGGGCGCCGUUAUCGCUACAACACCUAUUCGUAUAGCACUGCCCGGUCCAAGCAUUGCCAGCUCUUCGUCAAGCAAUAAAAGACAACAAUUGUUGAAUGGCUUCUUUGGCUGUCUUCGCAGUUUUUGGAGUACAUUCGACAAGAGUGUCGACAAACAAAACAAAUCAGACGAUUGGGAGAUACCAUUUGAUAAUAUUCGUGACUUGGAAUGGUUGGGAAGCGGAGCACAGGGAGCCGUGUUUAUGGGUAGAGUCAACAGCGAUUUGGUGGCCGUUAAAAAAGUUAAAGAGAAGUUUGAGACCGACAUUAAACAUCUGAGAAAACUGAAUCAUCCGAAUAUUGUGUCGUUCAAAGGGGUGUGCACUCAGGCGCCCAACUGUUACUGUAUUGUUAUGGAAUACUGUCCCUACGGACAGUUAUACGAUUUGCUCAAGAGUGGCAAACAGGUGCCGCCCCAAAAAGUGGUCGACUGGACAGUACAAAUAGCGUCAGGUAUGAGCUAUUUGCACAGCCAUAAGAUCAUUCAUCGGGAUCUGAAGUCGCCAAAUGUUCUCGUAUCCUAUCACGAUAUACUCAAGAUAUCUGAUUUUGGCACCAGUAGACAGUGGAACGAUAGGUCAACAAAAAUGUCAUUCAAGGGAACAGUGGCUUGGAUGGCGCCGGAAGUCAUACGCAAUGAGCCCUGUUCUGAGAAAGUCGAUGUUUGGGGUUUUGGUGUAGUCUUAUGGGAACUGAUGAACUGUGAGAUUCCGUAUCGCGAUGUCGACUCGUCGGCCAUCAUAUGGGGUGUCGGCAAUUCCAGUCUAACGCUACCCUUACCUACCAAAUGCUUUCCCGGAGGCUUUAAGCUACUUAUGAAGCAAUGUUGGAGCGGAAAGGCUCGCAAUCGACCCUCAUUUAAGCAGAUCCUUAUGCACGUCGACAUUGCAGCCAAUGAAUUGAUCAACAUUGCACCCGAAGAGUACUUUAAACUACAAAUCGAUUGGAGAGACGAAAUCGCCAAUUGUUUGCAGCGAAUGAAACGUAAUAGUCAUCAGUCGAUGUCCAGCGAUGACGAGGCAGAGUUGGUUAGAAAGCGUAAAGAAGAGCUGAUCCACGCACAGGACAUACGUGAACAUUACGAACGCAAACUUGAAAGGGCUAACAAUUUGUAUAUGGAUUUGACGGCAUGUAUGUUACAAUUGGAGCAAAAGGAAAAGGAGCUCAACAAAAGAGAAAUGAUGGUAAUGGGUAGUAAAGGGCAGUGUAAACGACAAAUUGUAGGUCCACUCAUACAAGCGGCUCAAGAAAGAAUUGCCGGAAGUAGAAGAGGUUCCUAUAGACCAGAUCAGGCCAUCGAUAUGCAAAGUCCUGUCAAACAGUCUAAUGAUUGUAUAACAUGUCACGGGUCGGCCCGUUCACGGAUUAAACGGAAUCGGCUUAGGCGUAGUAUCAAUUCGCAGACCAGUGCAAGCAGUCAUUCCCAUCAAAGUGUUGGCCAGACGAUGAACUCACCAAUAAAUAACAAUUACAUUAAUUAUAGUCCGCGACCGAGUCCUCUUCAAGAGAGGAAGAGUUUUGUGGACACAGAAACACAAACUGAUAGUGUGUUCAGUGAAUCUGAUUUAAUUAGUCCGUCCUCAUCGACACUAUCACCAAUGUCUGCAUUGGGACGCAAUGUUGAGACGGUAAUAGAGAUGGGAGACGACAGUGGUAUACCUCGUGGUAUACCUAAGACUAGCACUACAUCAACGUUUGACUCGGGAUUCGACUCACAGAGCUGUUUGUCGACACCAACCGCUCGUAAUGGUAAUCACGAUAGAAGUCCUGUGACACCGAUUUCAGGAAAAUCGAGUUCUAUAGAAACGGAUACCGAGGACUCGAGCCGUACGAAUAGGAAGUGUCGCUCAAACAAUAUUAUACAAAAUACUGUUCCCAGUCUGAGCUCAAUUGACGAGAAUGGCGGUCACAGCACUGCCAAAGCCAAUGAUUUUUGCGAUGUUGUCAUUGUUCGCAAGGGUAGUGUUACCUGUCAGAGACGGUACGGCAAUUGUCAACACAAGUCGCCCACAUAUAUAAGCCAAAGACCGGUUCUACUUCACGCCGGUAGCAAUAUAUCAAUAAUAUCUCAUAGUUCCAGUUCAGGUAGUGAAGAGGAGGGUGCCGUUGACAGCGAUGAUUACGGCAGUCAUCCAUCGCAUCACAAAAGGAAUGGAUUGGCUCAACACAUGAACCAACAUAGACUUAGCGGACAAUCGAUGUCUACAAUUAGCUCAGACGGUAAUAUUAGUGAUGAAGAAGAGGGCAAUACUAGUGAAUACUCAAGCAAUCAAAACGAUAUGAUAUCUAGUCUUUCAAAUCCUGAUCUGACAAACGCUAACUUAGACAACAAUCCCAACAGCUAUAGUAAUACCAACAAUGAUUGCAAAAAGCUGCCAUCGACUCCUCUGUCGCUAUCGUCGAGUACAACAAACACGACGACUACAAACUCGGACACAGAAGACGUCUCAAACAAUACGAUCGCCACAUCCUAUUUAGUGACCAAUAAUCCGUUCCAAUUAUACAAUAGAUUUGCUGCCAAAAACAACAAUAAUAACAACCAAAUAUCGGCCAACACUUCGGCAGUGACGACGUUGUCGUCGUCAACGCACUCACAGACACAACAGCAACAGUCAAAUCAAUCGGAAGAGACAACCGUUUGGUGAGACGGCUAACACACAUCUAUCUCUGAAAUAACUUUUAUUAAGUGGGUAUCACUUAACUAUACAAUUCAUUAGUUUGUUGAUUAGUAUAUCUGUUGUUUAUUUUUUUCUUUGAUAAAUAAGUCUUCAUAUUAUGGGAACUAUUAGGCAUUCCUCUGUUGUGUGUUACUCAUAGACACACCAAAACUCACAAAUUAGCUCACAAUUAGGUGCAUAAUAUUUUGCUGGUCUCAUAUUUGCCAACUAUAUAUAUAAUAUGCAUUUUGUUAAUAUUUCUAUCUACUGUAUAUACACAUUACAAACAAUACACUUGUUAAAUUUACAUACAAUUAUAACAAAAAAAAUAUACUAGAUAAUUUUUAUCAAUUAUAUAU